UAAUUUACAGGCGUUUUCCUCAUUGACCAUUGAAAAUUCUGUGACAUCAAACCUAGAUUUCAAUUAUUUGAUCGACACAUUUGCUUCUGUUAAAGCCAGAAAGAAGCUUUUUUAAAGCUUGAUGUCAGAAUAAAUGUAGGCGCAGACGAUGUUAUGAGGCAUGCUCCGGAAGUGUCACCCUUGUCGAUCUUGCCGAGGAGUAUGUCUCUUGCUGCUGACAUUCACCAUCCUUCCUUUCCUCAUUCUCCUGAGAAGGCCAGCAGUUCCAAUCUAUGUUCUGCAACAUCCCUACUUCUCUUACGAUUUGGACUCGGAAGAAGUACCAGACAGCAAGCAGAAAUGUUCUUUGCCGCGCGUCCACCCCUUCCAUCCCUCGGUCUGGGAGUAUAUAUCUCCUCCGAAACCACUUGUUUGCUCCAGCAGAAGGGGGGAUUGGACGUACGUUGAUCGCCAAGGCAGACUCAAGUUCAACGUCAGUGCCGUUGCUGACAGUGGAUAUGUGGUUGGGAGCUCCUUGAACUGUUAUUGGUCCGCGAUUUUUAGAGCAAAAAAUGAAGAGAGUGAUCUCAAGGUGGUUUAUGGGAAAGAGAUUCCUUUGCCAGAAGAGGGCCUCACGCUACCAACUUCAGUAGAGAUCGUCAAAGUGGUGUGCCGAAACUUCGCCUCCUUCGAAAUCUACGAGAACGUCCACGCCCACAUUCGCAACGUCACUCUCAGCAGCCCCUCAUCCCUCCAGCAUCCGGUCAACGUCCUCAUCUUCGGGAUCGAUUCCCUGUCCCGGACAGCAUUCAUCCGACUCCUGCCCAACACCUACCGCUACCUGACGGAAGUGCUUAACAUGACAGUUUUCAGAGGCAUGAACAAAGUGGGGGACAACACUUAUCCGAAUCUCAUCGCUCUACUUACAGGUGACAAAGCUUAUGGUGGCAGCUUGCCGGACUAUACAGAUGGUUUCGACGCCUUCCCUCUCAUAUGGAAGAACUAUUCAUCGGCCGGAUAUGCCACGAUGUUCGCCGAAGAUUUCCCGGAUUUCGGGCUCUUCACAUAUCUGGCAACGGGGUUCAGGAAAGUCCCAACACAUCAUUACCUGAGACCUUUCUGGCUGGCUGUCAAAGAAUCUCCCCUCCUCAAGCUCAGCUCUCACCUCUGUUAUGGACCGACACCACUGCACUGGUUGCAAGUUGAUUAUGUCAACAAAUUUGUGUCCAGGUAUGAAGACAGAAAAGUUCCAUACUUUGGUUUUUCGUUUCUUGCUGAACUUAGCCAUGAGUACAUAUCACCAAUUGCUUCAGCGGACGAUUACUUUAUGAAGUUUUUCAAGUCCCUGUCUGACAGAGGAUAUCUCAAAAACACAGUUUUCAUUGUGAUGUCAGAUCACGGCCACAGAUUCGAUCCCAUCAGAAAAACAGAGGUUGGAUACAUUGAAGAAAGGAUGCCAUUUUUAUCUAUACAUGUUCCUGAAACCAUCACUUUUGUCCAGAAAACCGCCAAAGAAUCUCUCCAAAAAAACAGUGGCAGACUCGUGACUCCUUUUGACCUUCACGCGACAUUGUUAGACUUGUUAGCAUUUGUGUCUAGUGGCCAACCGUUGGGUCAACAUGCUCCAAAAAACACUUUAGGCCUGUCUCUCUUUGGUGGCAUUCCAGCAGAUAGGAACUGUGAAGACGCCAAAAUACCAGUUCAUUACUGUGUUUGUGAAAAAAAGACAGACAUACCAUUAUCAGAUUUCAGAUCAGUUUCUGCAGCGCAGUCAAUUGUUGAUCACGUCAAUUCUCUAAUUGCUGAAGCAGGUAAAGAGUUCAGCGAUCGCUGUGCUGUUUUGUCUGUCGGGAAAGUAACAAUGGCUCAUUUGAUAGAGCAGAUGGAAGAUCUUCCACAGAACGAGGCCCAGAAAAUCCGUGUUGUUGUUGAAGCUGAACCCAGUGGAGCUUUACUCGAAGCUACAGUUCUGCACCAGGAAGGCAAAAUCGAAAUUAUAAAUGAAGUGAGCAGACUUAAUCCAUACGCGGACCAAUCCGGUUGCAUUAAACAUGUAAUACUACGGAAGUAUUGUUUCUGUUCGACUGAUGAGAAAGCAUUUCGUGGAGAUGAUGUAAUUUUUGAAUAAA